AUGCCGUAUGCCCGGUGGCCGGCUUUCACAUUUUGCAGCCAGACGCCGGUUUUCGAGGCACGCACCAACACAGCGGAUACCGAGAUCAUUCUUAUAUUUUGUUGUCAUCGCCGUCGUCGUUCGAUUCGCCUUCAAGUGGAUUUCCUCUCCUCAGCGGACAUUAUAUUGACGUUCUGCGUUAUUAAUUCGAAGAAAAUGGAAAGCCGGGCAAGGAAUUCGUUCGUACUGCUGACAAUUGUAUUUGCUUUCGCUUUGCAAUGUGUUUUGGCCCUAGAUUCGAACACCCCUAUUGUCAACCCUGCACCCAACAACUCUGUGGCCAGCAACCCUGCGUCCGUCAACCCUGCACCCAUCAGCCCGGCAGCCAACCCUGCAGUCAACCCUGCAUCCGUAUUGAAACCGUCAGAAGACAUCGCCAAGACCGAAUCAGCUCCGUUGACGAAUAACAACGUCUCGAAACAUAUUGUGGAAAUAGAAGUAUACUACGAAGCGUUAUGCGGGGACAGCGUUAAGUUUGUCUCAAACCAGUUACUACCUACAUUUAAUAAGCUAAGCAAGUUCAUAAAUGUGGUAUUUGUUCCUUUUGCUCAAGGAAAUAUCUCCACUAACACUGACAACUCUUUCAAUUUAACAUGUAGGCGUGACAAAGAGUGUGAUGCUGAUAAAGUACAUGCUUGUGGUAUUCAUAAAAUCAAAGACAGCGAACAGCUAAUCAAGUUUGUGAAUUGUUCUCUGACUGAAGCAUUCAAUAAUUCAAAUAAAACUGUUCCAAUCGACGUGUGUGGAAAAAACAGUAACAUUGAAAGUGCUGUCAUUACUGAAAUUACUAAUUGCACCAAUAGUACAGAGUCUUAUCCGUGGUUGCAAGAAUAUAUGAAUAAGUCUUCUGCUGCCCAUGUGAAAUUUGUACCCAAAGUUUUAAUCAACAAGAAUUCUACUGAAGACUUCUCAACAACAGUAACUUUCAUGAAUGCGGUAUGUAAACAAAUUCCUGUUGAAUUGCAACCUGAAGAUUGCAAGACUAUUCCUAGUGGAUCAGAUACACUUGUCGUUGGAGUACUACCAAUAAUCAUUGGUGCUUUCUAUUUCAUAAAAAUGAUCUAA